CAGAGUCCCGGCGCCGUCGCUCCAUAUCCUGAAUAUUUGACUUUCUUUGACUUGAUUGGUUUUUUUUUUGUCUUUUUUCUGUCCUUCAUGUCUUUUUUCUGUCCUUCAUGUCUUUAUUUUGUCCUUCAUGUCUCUAUUUUCUGUCCUUCAUGUCUCUAUUUUCGUUCAUUGAUCUCUCCAUUGUCUGUCUUUCUUGUCUGCCUUUUCUCGCCCAACGUGGCGCCGCUGGUCCUCUCGUCCAUCGACCCACCAGAUACGUCACCGCAGCCCUCGCUCCCCCACAUUAUUCCUGCCCGCGCCCGCGGAAAACACUGCGCGCUUCCGCCCGCUCUUUUUUUCCCCGCCAACAUCGAGCGCCUUGCCCCAGCAAAAAGUCUCCCGCUCCACACCAGCACCCCUCCAGUAAAAGCGUGCCUCAGCGAGCCUCAAGCACAGUGCCGGUCCAGCCCCUGUUCCCGGCGCCACCCGCUUGUCCCCCCUUUCCCCAACCCCCGUUUCCUCUGUACGCUUCCGGCCCUAUUUUCUGGAGCGCCAGGUGCGGGUCUUGUCUUACUAAGAAACCUGGUCUGGGUCCCGCCCACUAUUUAUUCCCCCCACAGCUGCCACGUUCUGCGAGCAGCCGGACCAUCCAAAAGACGUUUGGACCGCCACCCCGUCCCCGGCCUUGCGUGCCUUCCUGUGUUCUGCCUGGAUUGCGGGUGAACACUGCACGCUCGUAUAGACGGCCGUUUUUCCUGCCGCUUGUGGCACUCCGUCCCUACUAGCCAGCCCGUGCCCACAAACACCCGGCGG